AUGACAAUCCCACUCCCCUCUCUCCGUUACACCGUUCAGUCGGUUCCAGCAAAUCUACUUCAGUUCACCAACCCAACUUCAACAAACGAGAGUCAGGAACCAAAAGAGAAUGUACUUUGGAUAGGAUGUUCUGAUUCUUCAGUAACAGAAACCUAUGUUCUCAACAAUGUCAGCAGAUCCGAGAUUUUCGUCCAUCGCAACUUAGGAAAUCGCGUUAGUGUUGGGGAUACAAGCAGCGGAAGUGCAAUCGAGUGGGCCGUGGAUGUCCUGAAAGUACAACAUAUCAUCAUUUGCAGCCAUUACGAUUGCCAUCUCCUUGAGGAAUCAGAAAGUGAUAGUAACAAUUGGUAUCGCGACAUUAUUCAACUCCAUCAAGAAUCCGACGCCCUAGAACCACCAGCUCAAUCACCUCAAUCAAGGAAUCGCCACUUCACAGAACUUUACGUUUUGUCUGAAGUGGAGUGGUUAAAACAGCAACCGAGUGUUCAACGAGCUAUGAAGGAAUGGGACUGUAAAGUCCAUGCUUUUGUGUAUGACCGGGCUCAAAAUAGUUGCGUGAGAUUAGUACCAGAGAGUCAACAGAAAUGA